CCUAGCUAUUUGAAGAUCGCCUCUUCCUAGAUUCUCUACUUUAAUUGCACCCUUUCGUCGACGACAACUUACCUUUCUCGCAAGCGUUGGGCCGAAGCUUCCUUGUUAGAUGAAUUUAAAGGGAAAGUUAAGAUGACAUUGUAUACCCAAACCAUGCGUGGCACGGCAAACCCUUGCCUCGCUCGUAAACGUGCAAGCCAUACGGCCUUGCAUGCAGCCCGUUGGCCCGUCGCCGCUAAUGGCAGCCGUCGCAACAGCCAUCAUUUCUCGGCGCCCAUGCCGUCCGUCGCAUGCCGCUCCUCCGCCUCUUCCUCCUCCUCUCCAUCCCCUCCAGACCACGGCAACACAGCCCCUGCUGCCUCCCAGCAGCCUCCCUGUUCCAGCCUUACCGAGCGCAUAUUCGCACAUGUAGACGCCCUGCAGCAGGCUGGCAGCGGGCUGCAGGCGCAGGGUCAGGGUGCCGGCGGUCGGACCACCUACGCGGCCUUCCUGGCUGCAGAGGAGCAGUGGGCC